AUGGGUGGAGCUCCGACUACAGUUGGCACUUAUGAUGCUGCCCUUCAACGACGACAGGCCCUUAUGGGUGCCAGUGGUGCCAGAGCCCUGGUAAAGAACUGGAAGGUUUUCCGAAUUGCUGCGUUCGCCUGUAUUGGAGGUAUUCUUUAUGGUUACAACCAGGGAAUGUUUUCGGGAAUUCUCGUCAUGAAAUCUUUUGAGAGACAUAUGGGCGAUUAUGUCCAAAACAAGACGAAAAAGGGCUGGCUUACAUCGAUUCUUGAGCUUGGUGCUUGGCUCGGUACUCUGAUGUCUGGUGCUAUUGCCGAGCUGUGUUCUCGAAAAUACGGUAUUCUUAUCGCUACGAGUGUUUUCAUCAUCGGUGUUGUCAUCCAAUGUACUGCUAUGCAAGCUGGACAUAACGCUAUUCUGGCUGGCCGAUUUAUCACGGGUAUGGGAGUUGGUAGUUUGUCAACCAUUGUGCCUCUGUACAACUCUGAAUGUGCUCCUCCUGAGGUCCGUGGUGCUCUUGUAGCUCUUCAACAACUUGCCAUCACCUUCGGUAUCAUGGUCAGUUUCUGGAUCGACUACGGAACUCACUUCAUCGGUGGUACUGGUGAAGGUCAAUCCGACGCAGCCUGGUUGAUCCCUGUCUGCCUUCAACUCGGCCCCGCCAUUAUUCUCUUCAUCGGAAUUAUGUGGAUGCCAUUUUCUCCCCGAUGGCUCACACACCACAACAGAGAAGAAGAAGCUCGUCAAGUCCUGGCCAACCUACGUGACCUUCCUACCGACCACGAACUUAUCGAACUUGAAUUCCUCGAAAUCAAGGCUCAGUCCCUGUUUGAGAAGAGGAGUUUGGCAGAGAAGUUCCCUCAUCUUCAGGAACAAACUGCUGGCAACACUAUUAAGCUUCAAUUUGUUGCUAUUGCUGCGCUGUUCAAGACAAAGGCCAUGUUUAAGCGUGUUAUUGUAGCAACAGUUACUAUGUUCUUUCAGCAAUGGACUGGUAUCAAUGCCGUCCUCUACUAUGCUCCACAGAUCUUUGAGCAGCUUGGUCUGAGCAGCAACACCACCAGUCUCUUGGCCACUGGAGUCGUCGGUAUCGUCAUGUUUAUCGCUACUAUUCCAGCUGUUUUGUGGAUUGAUCGUCUCGGUCGUAAACCUGUUUUGGCUGUCGGUGCUAUUGGUAUGGGUCUUUGCCAUCUCAUCAUUGCUGUCAUUCUAGCCAGAAACAUUGACCAAUUCGACACGCACCCUGCUGCUGGUUGGGCCGCUAUCUGCAUGGUGUGGCUAUUCGUGGUUCACUUUGGAUACUCCUGGGGUCCUUGUGCCUGGAUCAUUAUCGCUGAGAUUUGGCCUCUCAGCACUCGACCUUAUGGUGUGGCGCUUGGUGCUUCCAGUAACUGGAUGAACAACUUUAUCGUCGGUCAAGUCACGCCCGAAAUGUUGGACGGUAUCACAUACGGAACCUACAUUUUGUUUGGACUCUUGACUAUGAUCGGUGCUGCAUUUAUUUGGUUCUUUGUUCCAGAGACCAAGCGUCUCUCACUCGAGGAGAUGGAUAUCAUCUUUGGAUCCGAGGGCGCUGCUCAAGCCGAUAACGAGAGAAUGGCCGAGAUCAACAGGGAGAUUGGCCUCGAUGAUCUUAUCUACCGCUCAGGAGCAGUUCAUUCUAACGAAGAUAUCCACCAAGAUGUCAAGGAUGUGAAGGAGUAAUGAAACUUGAGCUAUAUUUCAGCAGAUUGUAAUUGUACUAGUUAGUAGCUUACUCUAGGUACACAAAUUAUUCUAUCCUACUAUC